AAAUCUCUGUGUGCACAAGUGGCAUAACGCACUCAAGCUAUUCACACAGGAGCUAUUGACAAUACCGACACUUCAUUUCUGAGCGACAUAACAACGAAUUCACGAUAGUUUAGCUUUGAGAUGUUGAAAUAAGAAUAAAAUGAUGGUUGGUGAUUUAGAUGGAUGAGCUGGAUGAAGAUCAGCUGAAGAAUCAUGUGGAAAGCCUGAAGCAACAGCUCAAGUAUAACAGAGUCAACACAUCCGUCUCUGUUCCAGAGUUAAUUAAAUGGAUGGAGGAGAAAAUGACAGAGGAUCCAUUUGUGAAUCCAGAUGCCAUGAAGGACAACCCGUGGGUGGAGUCGAGCAAAUGUGUAAUACUCUAGCACAAGAGCUGUCAAUCAUCCCUAUGGCAGCAGAAGUGGCUCCGCCCUCUUACACAGGCUGACUUUGAAUAUGAUUAAGAUGCAAAUGAACUCAUUGUCAGUGAAUCUGCUUUGUUGUUUACUCUCAUGAUAAUAAGAAAGCGAAUGUUUCUCAGUGAAAACAUGUAUUUAUAAAAGUGUAAGACAACUAUACAACAGCACAAUAAAAAGAAAAUGAGGAACC